GACAAUGUUGGCUGGUGUUGUUGUUUUGCUAUUGUUUAGGAGGAUUAACCCCAAUAACAGGACACACAGGGCAAUUGUUUCAGAUGAUAUAGUAAUACUCAGACAGAUCGGGCGUGGACCUCAUGUACCAAGCCUUACACCGUUUGCUGUUAAGCUUGAGUCCUACUUGCGAUUUGCAGGCGUCAAAUAUCAGUCGAUACACGGAAAAGACAAAGGACCAAAAGGAAAAUGGCCGUGGAUAGAAUACAAAGGACAAGCAACCGCCGACUCAGAAUUUUGCAUCGCUCGCAUUGAUAAAGCGCAAGGGAUUGAUCUAAACAGUCAUCUCAGUUCAGAGCAGAAGGGAGUUGGCAGGGCUGUACAACGAAUGGUUGAGGAAAAUACAUAUUGGACCUUGGUGUUGGAUCGAUGGGUGUACGAUAAGACAGAAGAGAUAUACAACGUGUUGAGAAUUCCUUGGUUUGUUCGUUGGCGUGUCAGAUCAUCCAUCAAGAAUAUGGCCUAUAGUCAUGGUAUUGGACGCCACUCAAAGGAAGAGGUGUACGAAAUUCUUCGGACAGACCUACAGGCGCUAAGUAAUGUUUUAGGUGUGAAACGGUUUUUGAUGGGAUCUCGCCCUUGUCAACAUGACUGUGCUGUGUUCGGAAUGCUGGCAGAGAUAAUGUGGGAACCUUUCGGUGGAUUUACUCAUGCAAUUCUAUGUGAGUUUCCUAACCUAGUGAGGUAUUGUGAGAAUAUGAAAGAAGACGUGUGGCCGGACUGGGAUGAGUGUACAACUAAAAGGAAAUCUGCCAGUCCCCAAUCAUAAUCUCCAGUAACAACAUCUGCAGGGAUUUUGCUACAUUACACAAAUCAUAGCAUAUUAAUUUAAUUAAGGUUGAAAUGCCUCCUUGUAUUACGGUUGCGAAUUAAUAAUAUUUAUUCAUCAGCUAAUGUUUAGAAUAAAAUUUGAAUGCAAUGUGUGGACUUAAAUGUAUCUUACUUGAACAUCGAAAUGGAUUUUAUUCAAACAUUUCCAAAACAAAAUCAAAGUGCUGAAAACUAAGGCAAAAAGAUAGACCAAGACAUGCUAUUAUUUUUGG